AUGCUUGAUGAUUCCGUUACGGACUCUCGUGCUUUGAUUGAAAAGGGCAAAUGUUUGAGCAGGCACCGAAAUGUUAAGUGCUGUGGUCGCGUGUUGCUUUUUGGCACUGUGGAAGACUGCACUGGUGAACUUGUGCUUGUGCACGCUGUUUUUCGCCAUGGUGAAAGAACGCCGACGGGAUUCUACCCCUUCGACCCGCACAGAAAUGUCACCUUUUACCCAAUGGGACUGGGAAAUCUCACGAACAAAGGCAAGCUAAUGAUGUUCAAGCUCGGCGAGCUCCUGAGGAGCAUGUACGGCGAGCUGCUCGGCGACGUCUACCAGGAGAGCAAGGUGUACGCGCGCAGCCGAUUCGUCACGCGAACGAAGGAGAGCGCGCUGUUGGUUUUGGCGGGAAUGUGGCCGCCCGGUGACGUACAACGGUGGCAUCCGACCCUCAGUUGGAUGCCGAUUGCUGUCGAAUUUAAGCGCGCAGAGGAGGAGGAUUUAUUAGAUCCUGUGUGUGAACAAUUGCAGAGCGAGCUGAUUUCGUAUUACAAAAACGUGACCAUUCAGGAGAAGUACAUAAAGCCGUACCGGUCGGUUUUCAAAUACAUUCAGAAGCACUCUGGAAAGGUCAUUAACGAUUUUAGAGAUGCCGCGUGGAUUUAUUUUAUUUUAAAGAUGGAGGAAGACAACGGACUUAAAUUACCAAAAUGGACCAAGGAGAUCUACCCGGAACCGUUGCAGAAAAUCGUCGCCUUCCAAUACGUGUACAAAAAUUUGGAGAACAAGUACAAGAUUAUGAAUUCCGGUCACCUCAUAAAGAAAAUUCUGGACGACACAAUGGCGAAAGUGAAAAACAUACUCGAACCGCCCGAUCGAAGGGUGUUUCUGUACUCCGGUCACGAGACGACGAUAGGUAACCUUUUGUAUAAUUUGAACGUGUUCAAAUUGGAGGUGCCGACUUAUGGCGACACGGUACUGAUCGAAGUGCACAGGAGGAACGUAGAUCACUUCGUCAAGGUGAGGUAUUUGAGGACACCUCUCAACUCAACCGUGGAGGAUUUAGAGGUGCCGGGUUGUGGAAAGAUCUGCCCAGUCCAGCGGUUUUACCAGAUACAGGUCCAAAGAGGAGUUUUGCCGGGUCCGUCGUUCAGAAGAGACUGUUAUUGAAGACUGUAGGUAACUGGAGGGAGACAUUUUGAUCGUUUGACCAAUCCAAAG